UUGUAAUUUACUCUCUCUCUCUGUCAUCAUCCUCAUCAAUUCAAUCAUCACUCCUAUCUCUCUCUCUCUCUCGUUAUGAAUUUUGUUCUCUGCAAGAGACAGAGCAGCAACAACAGAUCGCCAUCACCCUCCGCCGGCUCUCACUGACUCUCCCACCUCCUCUCCUAUAAUGUUUCAAUCAAUGGAUCGGAUUGGAUUGAAUGAAGCAGUGAUUAUCUAGGCCCGCCAUUCCUCUCUCUCUGGUUUCCCCAGCAAGAUACUUAAUCCUCCCGCGGCCCAGGGCUCCUUUUCUCUCUCUAGUCCUCUACGGAAUUCAACUGUUGAAUUCUUUUGUGGUGGACUUGAGGAAUACCCAACCAACUAGUGGCUUCGUCAAAUACCCAGGGUACGGUCUCGAGUUCCCUUUUCCCCUUUUGCUCUUUUUGUUUUGUUUUGUUUUGCUAAGGGAGAACUUGAAUGGUGUCUGUUAAGAUUUACAACACUUAACCACUCUUCGUUUGUUCCUUUUUCGUUUCUGCUUUUCUUAGUCAGUUCCUUGCUUGCAUGUUUUGUAGAUGGAUCCAGUUUGUAAAUGUUAUUAGAUUUAACUUCCUCAGCUUGCGCUUCAGUGAGCAAGCCUAUCCUUUUCAUGACAUGCAUACUGCUUUUCGGGCCAUUCUAUUUUUCUGUUUCUGUUUUUCCCCCCUUUUUUCAAAUUGUGUAAGCUACACUAGCCGGAAUUAAUGUUCCUUCUCCUAUGGGUUUUUUUCAUGAAAUUCAGCAACCUUGAAUUUGACUAAUGUGAGUUUCAUUGUUAGGGAUAAGGGUAGGACCAUUCUUUAAUGUGGUAGCUGGUGUAAUUCUUUACCACAUUUAUUGAAGCUUUUUCUGGUUGUCUAAUGUUGCUGGUUCUCAAAGUUGAUCUUUCUCGGGUAGUCUAUUAGUAACUGACUCAGUAGUUGUAAGAAGUGGGAAAGCAGAGCAAACGAGAAGGUAUAUAAAAGAGAACCGCACAGUGAGAGACCAGCUGCGUCUAUGAAUAAUUAACUUUGGAGGAAAUGGCGGGGAGGUGGAGAUAUAUUAUUGGCCUCUAAUGUGAGACAGUCUUCGAAUUUUAAAUGCAAGGGACAAAGACGAGGAAACUGAUCUCCAUGUUUGGUGUAGUGACGUUGAGAAACUCAGGGUCUUUGAGAUGCAACAAGAACUUUAAUUUUUAUUACUAGUCGUUUGCUGAUCCUGAAGGCACAAGUUGGAUACAAUAAGAAAAUUCAACCAUGGACCCUAAUGGUGGCAAAAAAGUGAAGCGGAGGGAUCAGCUUGUGCAUGAAAAUGGUGAUAUCAUACUUUCAAUCGUCGGCGAUGUAGACCCAUGGACUGCAUGGGCAUACAAGCCACGCACGAUCUCGCUAUUACUUGUUGGUGCAUGCUUCCUUAUUUGGGCUAGUGGAGCCCUUGACCCUGAAAUGAGCACAGGUGGUGAUGUUGUUACGACAGUGAAAAGGGGUGUAUGGGCUAUGAUCGCAGUUUUUCUUGCUUAUUGCUUACUGCAAGCUCCAUCAACGAUUCUUAUAAGGCCACAUCCAGCACUUUGGAGGCUAGUUCAUGGCAUGGCGGUUAUAUAUCUUGUCGCCCUCACAUUUUUGCUUUUUCAGAAACGUGAUGAUGCUAGACAGUUCAUGAAGUUCCUUCAUCCUGACCUUGGACUGGAGCUUCCUGAAAGGUCAUAUGGAGCAGAUUGUCGUAUUUAUACACCUGAAAAUCCUACAAGCGUGUUUAAGAAUCUUUAUGACACACUUUUUGAUGAAUUUGUUCUAGCUCAUAUUUUUGGAUGGUGGGGCAAGGCUAUAUUAAUCCGGAAUCAACCUCUUCUUUGGGUGUUAUCUGUUGGAUUCGAGUUCCUAGAGUUUACUUUUCGUCACAUGUUGCCGAAUUUCAAUGAGUGCUGGUGGGACAGUAUCAUUCUCGAUAUACUGACAUGCAACUGGUUUGGUAUUUGGGCCGGGAUGUGUACUGUAAGGUAUUUUGAUGGGAAAACAUACGAGUGGAUUGGUAUUAGUCGGCAGCCUAAUAUUAUGGGCAAGGUGAAACGAACACUAGGACAGUUUACACCGGCACAGUGGGACAAGGAUGAAUGGCACCCUUUACUUGGUCCAUGGCGUUUUCUUCAAGUUUUGACCUUGUGCAUAAUCUUCCUUACAGUAGAGCUGAAUACAUUCUUUCUCAAGUUUUGUCUUUGGAUCCCUCCACGCAAUCCUGUGAUAAUCUAUAGAUUGAUCUUGUGGUGGUUAAUUGCCAUACCGACAAUCCGUGAAUACAAUUCCUAUCUUCAGGAUCGAACACCGGUUAAAAAGGUUGGAGCUUUUUGUUGGCUUUCCGUUGCUAUUUGCAUUAUCGAGCUUCUCAUCUGCAUCAAGUUUGGACAUGGUUUGUAUCCAGCACCUAUGCCUAGGUUGCUGGUCGUCUUAUGGACUGGUGCAGGAGUUACCUUGGUAGCAUUCGUGCUUCUGUGGUCGUGGCAAUUGCAUCGCAGAAGUUGUGAGAGAAAGAGACGAUGAUAUCUUACAAUGGUUUUGCUGGUAGUCACUCGUUAUAUCUUAUUGUUUUUACUUGUCAUAGUUAGUGGGGUUUGGGUAGGGUCUUGUACAUACCCUAAGAGAUUAUCCUAGAGAAUGUGACAUUAUAUAGUUGUUUCGGCAUAAGAUUACUAGUCCAUUGAGUUGCUAAUUUGAACACAUGGGUAAAUUUGGGUUGUGGGUUUCUUUCGGUGUAGUGUGUGUUUAAGGCUUUUAUCAAAACUCUUGUGUUGGUCGGGAGAUUGUUCUAAAGAUGGUUUGGAGGCCGGUAUGGGAUUUUGUGAACAAGGUUUCUGCGGAAGUAGAGAUUCGAGUGAAGCUAGCCCGGGUAGGCAUUCAUGAUUGUUUGAUUUAAUGAAGAAAAUGAUGUCGUUUGGUUUUGAUGUUGAUGUUCUGUUUCCUCCUUGAAAUGAUUGUAAUUUGUUGAAUGGAACUGGAUUUUUGGAUUUUUCUCAUGUGUUAUGUUGAACUAGAAUCAAUACCCACGGC